UUAUGUUGCACAAGACUAGAUCUCCUUGGGUAAUACUAGUAUAGAUCUAGCACGGUACCUUCCUUUUAUAUGUCAACUCCUAUAUACCACCAUGUAUCUUAUCUACAUACUCGUCUUUACUCCACACCACUGUACGCCCUUCAACUGCCAUUGUCGUUACCUACCUCGGGGUUCAAAAUACCGGUAAAUAGCUAGCUAACUAUCGAGCACGACACCGGCCUAACUGAAGACGUACGGUAGGUAACAAAUAAGUAUAUAGCCUUUAAGUCAGCCUGUUAGAUAAACCCCCCCCCCCCCUCUAUAUGGCUUUUCGCUUUCGAACGCUUCCUCGACUCUUCCAGCCAGCGCUAGUCCGAGUCCAACCCACCACCGUAACCACCGCCCCUAGAUUAUUCCGUGGCCCCGUCCAGAUCCAAAUGGCGUCUAUUACGGCACCGCCGCCGGGCAAAUAUGAAUGGCUUGUAGUCGUACCCGACAAGCCGGGAACCCGGGAGAAGAGGCUGGAAGUGCGCGCCCAGCACUUCGAGGGCUUGAAGCCGUACGUCGAGUCCAAGCAGUUCAAGACAGGAGGCGCUGUCUUAAAUGACAAGCCCGAAAGCGACGACCCCGCUACGUUCGACUGGUACGGCAGCACGUUAGUGCUUGUCGCCGAGUCCAAGGAAGAAGUCAAGGCUAUCCUUGAGAAGGACAUAUAUACCAGGACGGGAGUGUGGGAUACCGAGAAGGCUCUAAUAUUAGCGGCCAAGUAUGCGUUCAGGUUUCCCUGAUUUUCAGAUUCUGAAUGUUUAGGCUAGACGUAUUCUAAACACCGAAGUCCUCCAUAAUGUAUUCAGUUCAUGUCGAUAUUUAGAAUGUCGAUGACUACAUUCACUGUAAACCUAUACCCGUUACUUGCACGUGUCUUGCUUGUAGUA